GCGAGUGCCAACAGACGCACCCUUGCAUCAUAGGACGCGGAGGUGACACAAGCGUUGCUUUCUGUGCCGGGACGUGAUCGCAGAGGGGAGGAACGCAGUGGGGACAUUUCGCAGGCGUGAAGCAGCGCGUCGAACUCGGUCAGCGGAACAUGAGACCCGGCGGUGGUGAAUGAGCCUGAACGCGGCCGAACGCGGCCCUGCGUGCUCCGCCCUCCCAAGCGCUUCAUGUGCGCCACUGCUGUGCUCAGCUGCACAUGAUGGGAAGCGGGAUCCUGCAGGAGCCCCAAGCGGCCAGAGGAAGAAGAUGCUUUCGUAGGCCGUAACCAGACUGUCGAAUUUAAUGCUGGCAGAUACAGGAUGUCAAUGAAGAGACGAAGACUUGGCCAGGUCAAACACAACUCGUGCAGCAUGUUCUGUCUCGGACCUGCAGACACUUUAUUGCCGGGAUGCAGCGCGGCUGCCGGUCCAGGUCCGAAGCAGCGGCAAGCGGCCCAGCGGCGGCCUUUGCGAAGAGACACUUGGAAGAUGCAGAGAAAGGCGCGUGGGCUCGGUGCCCACGUCGCCCAGGUUCGCGUCAGCGGCGCGGCGACCGAGGCCCCGAGGGUCCGGCGAACGUAGCCCAGCCGCACGGACGCGGCGGCUGCGCCGGGGGAUCGCUUCCGGCGGCCACCUCCGACGGGCCGCGCUCCUUGCGACGCGGGACCGAGUUACCCGCUGCGUCGCCCCGGCACGUUCCCCGAGUUACUUGUUUUUACCUGCAUUCCUCCUUCCUUGUGUUACCUGCUACGGUUCAUCCCCCCGUUCGUCUCGAGCCCCACCGCCCUCUGCCCUUUGCCACAUGGUUGUUGGGGCGCGCCCUAUCUUGCGCCUCUCGCCGCGACACUCCGGGCCGCCAGAUGGCGCCGUGCCGCGCCGAUGACCCCUCUCCUGCUCGCGUGCCCUCUGUCCUCCGCGUGCGGGACGGCGCGCCGCUCGCGCACACCCGAAGAAGGAGCGAAAAUGUCAGGACGCGGGAAAAGGAAAAGCAGGGCUGCGACGCCAAGAGGCCCCAGGUGGCGCCGCUGAGCUCCGUUCCCGGCGACGCUCUGGCCCAGGACGUGGAGAGGCUCUACAGGCUGCGCAUGCCGCCCGACUUCUACCACCUCUGGGAGUUCUGUGGGCGCCGGAACCCGCAGAGUCCACAGGACGCUCUCGGGGAGGCAGGCCUGCGCCUUGUCGGACCCUAUGACAUUCUGGCGGGGAGACAUCGCUCGGCCCAGAACCGCGAACCCAACUAUUUCCUGCACUGGCGCUACUUCUAUGACCCGCCGGAGCUCCAGACCGUCCUGGUGGUGUUGGGCGAGAGCCAGCAGCACCUGGGAUAUUACAGGGACAGUCCCGACGACCUGCCGGCGUUCAUCGGGGAGAACGAGGCUGCGAAGGGCUGCCAGAUCACCCAGAUGGGGGACAACGUGUUCGCCGCCGUCCUGCUCCUGCUGGAGAGGAGGAGGAGGAGGAGGAGGAGGAGGAGGGAGCCGGCGGGACGCAAACACAACGCCUCAUUGCUGCCCCUGGAGGAGGAGCUGAGAACUGCAGCCAAGGCGCUCGGCUACUCGCUGGAGCAGAAGAGCAAAGGCAUGAAGCUGCGCGCCAAGAAGGUGGUGGCCCCGACGUUCCAUGGAGCCGGCAUCGUGGUUCCCGUGGACAAGAACGACGUUGGCUACCGGGAGCUGCCGGAAACAGACGCGGCUCUCAAGAGGAUCUGCCAGAGCAUCGUGGACGCCGGCGACGACGCAGAGCGACUCAAGGCCUUUGCGCCCCUGCAGGAGAUGACGACGCUGGUGCAGUUCGCCAACGACGAGUGCGACUACGGCAUGGGCUACGAGCUCGGCGUCGACCUCUUCUGCUUUGGCUCGCACUACUUGUACAAGGUGGUGCUCCAGCUCCUGCCCCUGGCCUACAGUCUGCUCAAGCGCUCUCUCUUCGGCGAGAUCCUGGAGGCGCACCUGUCCAGCCGCAGUCGGGACACGGUGGACCAGCUGGAGCAGCUCUGCAGCUGAGUGGGAGUGGCACCGGGCUCUUCCUCAGCUGUUGGUCUCUCCCUUGCUCUGUGUGCGUGUGCGUGUGCGUGUGCGUGUGCGUGUGUGUGUGUGUGGUGGGGCGAUGGGGCGACGUGUCUGGUGCUAAAGGUGACAUGUACUAGUGGAUGUGUCAUAAAAUAAAGUUUAUUUUUCAUGGACGCCUCUGGAUCGGAGUAGCAGCCCCACUGACGUUACCCUUCGCGCUCAUGCGAGUGUCCCGGCGUCGCUCCCGGGGACGGCUUGUCCCGCGAGGGUGCGAGACAUCCCCGGUCCGUCCCGGGUCACGAUCCUUUACACGGAGUAUGCAAAUGGGGCCGCGCAGCGCGUUGACGCACACACCGAUAGAGAGCGAGCGAGAAACUGCAGUGGCCUCCAGAGCAAGGAGUGCGGACGACCGGCUGUGUGUCCUCAGCGAAAGUACGAGGAAGGGGUCGUACUCAAAUUACUGCUUCGUUGUUGUACGUUGCUGUGAGGAACAGCAUGAGAUAAACAAAUGAGUGUUAACAAAAAGCAUUUUUCUGAUGCUUCUCUCCACAGCAUUUCAGCGUUCAGUUGCGCACACUCAUUUACCUGUUCUUACUUUACCGUCGAUUCGGGGUAAGUACUUGAUAAGGGGAACUACAGCAGGAGGUGGGAUUCGAUCCCAGGUCCUUUGAGUGCAAGGUGACGGUGCUGAACACCUCCACAUGCAGCUUUCCCGGAGCUCAUAUUGAUAGCGGGCAAUAUCGCGUGUUUGUCAGCCAAGCAUUCUGAAAACAAUAUUUCUCUCAGUGCCCAGCCUUGGGGUCAUGGUGGGGUUAGUCCUUUUGGGUUAGGGUUAGGGCUCUCUGGCCUCACAGCCCACAGCCCUGCUGUUAUAGGAUCCUUUCCGGAGCCCGGGGGCCAGCGGGUGCCGAAGUGGUCACAGCUGUUGGCUUGGACUAGGAGGACCUGAGUUUAAAGCACACCUCCUCCUGCAGCACACUUGAUCAAGAUACUU